AUGAAGGUGUCCAAUGUCUUGACACAGGCCAUUGGCCUGGUGCUGUCUCUCAGUGCUGCUGCCGACGCCAAUGAAUUGUCUCGUAGUGCCUCGUGCCAUCCCCAUAAGCCAUUCCAUCCUCUCCCUGCCAGCCAGGUCCGACACAAGACCUGCCAUGUUCCGAGUCAUGGCGACGGUACCGACGACUCGGCCAAUAUCCUGUCGACCCUGAAGAAAUGCAACAAUGGCGGUAAGGUCGUGUUUGACGCGGACAAGACCUAUACCGUUGGCAAGGCCAUGGAUAUGACCUUCCUCAAGCACGUGGAUCUCGAAAUUCUCGGAACAAUUCAAUUCACCAACGACACCGACUACUGGCAAGCCAAUGCCUUCAAGCAAGUCUACCAAAACGCGACGACUUUCUUCCAGCUCGGCGGUACAGACGUUAACGUCUAUGGUGACGGUACCCUGGAUGGCAAUGGCCAGGUUUGGUACGAUCUGUACGCCUCAGAUGCGCUUAUUCUGCGUCCCAUUUUGGUUGGUAUUAUCGGGCUGCACGGCGGUACUAUCGGCCCUCUCAAGCUGCGCUACUCCCCACAGUGGUACCACUUUGUCGCCAACUCGUCGAAUGUUCUGUUCGAGGGUAUUGAUAUUACUGGCUUCAGUAAGAGCAAGAACACUGCCAAGAACACUGAUGGAUGGGAUAUCUACCGGUCUGACAACAUCGUCAUUCAAGACUCGGUGAUCAACAACGGUGACGACUGCGUCUCCUUCAAGCCAAACAGUACCAACGUUAUCGUCCAGAACCUUCACUGCAACGGCUCGCACGGCAUCUCCGUUGGUUCCCUGGGCCAGUACAAGAACGAAGUCGAUAUCGUUGAGAACAUUCUCAUCUACAACAUUUCGAUGUUCAAUGCCUCCGACGGUGCUCGCAUCAAGGUCUGGCCUGGUGUUGCCUCUGCUCUGUCCACCGACUUGCAAGGCGGAGGUGGCUCUGGCAGUGUCAAGAACAUUACCUACGACACCAUGACCAUCCAGAACGUCGAUUAUGCCAUUGAGGUUACCCAAUGCUACGGACAGAAGAACCUCACUCUCUGCAAUGAGUACCCCAGUAGCAUGACCAUUUCUGAUGUUCACUUCAAGAACAUCAAGGGUACCACCUCUGGCAAAUACGACCCCUUGGUCGGAACGAUUGUCUGCUCCAGCCCCAAUGUCUGCUCGGAUAUCUACGCCUCUGAGAUCGCGGUGAAGAGUCCUAAGGGAUACAAUGCAUUCACUUGCACUAAUGUCGACGACAGCCUGCUGGCUGUGAACUGCACUUCCCGCUAA